UCUCGGGUCGUCGGUACUCGUUAAUCCGUGCAUCACCCGGCGGUCACCCGUCGAUAGAAGACGCGCGUAUAUCUAGGUAUCUAAAACUCUGUUACGUUAACGAAACAACCGCGAUCGUGGAUUUAUUUGGAUUAUUCGGCACACUAUUUGAUUUUUUUUUUCUUAUAUUUUUACCCCCCUCUUCUGACAAAAACAACAUAUUAAGUUCUUCCCACCGAAGUACACCUAAUACUUACCCGGACGAUGGCCGGCGACCCGAAGACGACCGCGUCGUCGGGGUGAAGCGUGCUCUUUGUGUAGUGGUGGUGGCGGUGUGAUACAAGCGCAGCACGGCAAAUGUACGAGGCCGCCGGUGGCCGUCGCCUGUCGACGCCAUGGGAGCAGCUAAUCAGCUCGACGAUGACGCCGACCACGGCUGUGGCCGUCAAGCUGGCCGUCACCGACGAACCCGAGCCGACGGAGCCCAACGGCACGGUGCUGGUCGGUCCUGGGCAGCGGUCCGGUGGCGGUAUUCUGGGCGCCCUGCAGAGGCACAUACCUGUUCUGGCCCGACUGUCGCAGAACAAGAACGACAAGACGCAAUGCAGAAAUGCUGAACGCAUCAAGUGUAAUGGAGAGUCUCAGCCAAUGUAUAGACAGCCAAGAUUCAGUUCAAGAAGGCAGUACAGAAGAGUGGUUUUCAAACACGGCGAAUGUAAUGUCGUUCAAGGAAAAGUCGCAAAAAGAAGAAGGAAAUAUUUGCAGGACAUUUUUACCACCCUCGUCGAUGCCCAAUGGCGAUGGACUUUGUUGGUGUUCUCCAUGAACUUCAUGUUGAGUUGGCUGGGUUUCGCAAUCGUAUGGUGGCUCAUAGCACUAACUCAUGGCGAUUUAGACUUGUCCGAUAGGCCUGACAAUUCGACUUGGGUACCUUGUGUCCGAGAAAUGAACUCAUUCACGUCGUGUUUCCUGUUCAGUGUCGAAACUCAACACACAAUCGGUUACGGUUCCAAGCACACCACCGAAGAAUGUCCCGAGGCAAUAUUCAUCAUGUGCCUACAGAGUAUAACCGGGGUAAUGAUACAGGCUUUUAUGGUGGGAGUAGUAUUUGCUAAACUUUCCAGGCCGAAAAAGCGCACUCAGACUUUAUUGUUUAGCCGCAACGCCGUGAUAUGCCAGAGAGAUGGCAUUCUGUGUCUUAUGUUCCGCGUGGGUGACAUGAGAAAAUCGCACAUUAUCGAAGCGCACGUAAGAGCGCAAUUGAUAAAGAAAAGAAUAACAUUAGAAGGCGAACUGUUGCCAUUCCAUCAACAAGAGCUAAGGGUAGGCGGGGACGGUGUGGAGGAGAGGAUUUUCUUUAUAUGGCCCACCACAAUUAUACACAAGAUAACUCCAGACUCGCCGUUGUACAUGCUUUCGGCCGCCGACUUUUUACAAGAAAAGUUCGAAAUCGUUGUUGUAUUAGAAGGAGUAAUCGAAUCUACGGGUAUGACGACCCAGGCAAGGUCUUCUUAUCUGCCAAACGAGAUACUCUGGGGACAUCGAUUCGAGACGUUGGUGUCGUACAAAAAAGAGACUGGAGAACACGAAGUCAACUAUAGUUUGUUCAACAACACUUAUGUGGUGGAUACGCCACUAUGCAGUGCGCACGACUUGAAAAAACUCAUAUCUCUACGGACACAUACCGAACUGCAUCACAUGCAACCGUUGGACAACUUGACCAACUGCAGCGAACCGUCGGAGAGCACCACGUCCGGUUCCAGAAGUCAUAGGACCCGGGAAGGACAACAGGAUCAGCAUUUGUCCACGUCGGAUCUUAUGAUGGCUCAGCUGGAGCCGUUUCUGAUGAAUCCGGGAGAAUUGCCCGGACCCGAAUCAUUCCUGUGACCCCGGAGAACGCCUCCCCGCCGCCUCCCUGGCUGAUCCCUGGAACCGAGUCGUUCCCGCCUCUUACUCCUUCCUAAAAAAAAAGGCUCCACCCCUCCCUUACAUUAUUGUGAUCUUGUUUUACGUGUUUAUCGAUUGUAAUUAUUAUUUGUAUUAAUGUAAUUUCGGUUUAAUUUAUUAUAAUUGGACAUCGAACCUAGAAUGUGAUAUUAGUUAGGAACGUUUUAAUUAUGUUAUCCACGCGUUCUUGUUACUCAAAUCCGUUUACGGGUUGUUGGAUUAUUUUCAUUGACUGGAAGGAUCUCGUCCAAAAGUUUUUCUUCGGGCGCGCGUUUUUUUUUUUUGUUGCAUAAAUGUACUUUAAACGCAAAAUAUUACAUACUAUGCAUUUAACGCGUAUAAUAAAAUAAAUAAAAAUAAAAUUAUGAUUAUUGAUGUAUUCAUUUUUAAUGAAUUUUUUUAUUUAUUAUAACAACUGUCUAAUCUAAAUCAUAUUGACAUUAAAAAUACUAUAUUAAUACCGAACCCACUUGUUCAUACGCUAAAUAUUAAAUAAUGUUAUCAAGAGUUUUGUUCGUUAAAUAUACAAUUAAUAUUAAAGCAAUCCGUUUAUAUUAUUAAUGUACCUACUUAUAUAUAAAAAAUAAUUACCUCCCGUGUGUUUAUAAUGAUAUGAUCACGUCUGUAAAAUCUUAACUGUGCACAAUUAUUUUAUGAAUAAUAGUCGGCCUUAAUAAAUUCAUAUAUUAU